AUAUUUCACUAUAACGAUCAAGUUUUCUUUAGACCCGAUUUUCAUGUUAUAUUAAUAUAUGUUCUUUACAAUAACAUUUUGCUAUAGAAGCCAGAAAACAUCCAGAUAAACAACGCCUUUAUAGAGAAGUUUGACUAUACACAAAUUUUAACUCUUUGCUUUAGAUCUUCUAUAUUGUGAUGUACACCAGCACCCCUCGACUUAGUUAUCAACAUUGCAGAAGCAGAUAGCUUACUAAAAUUAUGUGUGACUUUUUAGAUGAUUGCUGGGCUGAACCUCAACGUGAUGAUCAGGGAAAUUUUGCAGCUAAAAAUUCUACAUUUCCUUCUGGAAUGAAAGCUUUAGCUGAUUAUGUUCACAGUAAAGGUCUUAAACUAGGAAUCUACUCAGAUGCAGGGUAUUAUACUUGUAGCAGAAAAAUGCCUGGUUCACUUGGUCAUGAGGAACAAGAUGCUAAAACAUUCGCCUCAUGGGGCAUCGAUUAUUUGAAGUAUGAUAACUGCAACCACGAUGGAACGAAGCCAACUGUGCGAUAUCCUGUUAUGACAAAAGCUCUAAUGAAUGCUGGAAGGCCUAUCUUCUUUAGUCUUUGUGAAUGGGGUGAUUUGCAUCCGGCAUUGUGGGGUGGCAAUGUAGGUAACAGCUGGAGAAACACGAUUGAUAUUCAGCCUACAUGGGAAAGCAUGAUUUCUAGAGCAGACCAGAAUGAAGUUUAUGCAGACUUUGCAAAGCCUGGCGGUUGGAACGAUCCUGAUAUGCUUGAAGUGGGAAAUGGAGGGAUGACAAAGGAUGAAUCCAUUGUCCACUUUAGUCUCUGGGCGAUUUCGAAGGCUCCCCUUAUCAUCGGUUGCGAUGUGACAAUUUUAUCAAACGAUACCAUGGAAAUACUCGCCAACAAGGAGGUCAUUGCUGUCAACCAAGAUGAAUUAGGUGUCCAGGCCAAAAAGGUUAGAAUGCAAGGCGAUCUCGAGGUCUGGGCAGGCCCGUUAUCAGGCGAUAGAGUAGCUCUGGUACUUCUCAACCGAGGCUAUCAGAAAAUAGAAGUAACAGCUUUCUGGGAAGACAUUGGCAUCCCUCCUAACAUUCUUGUUGAGGCAAGAGACCUUUGGGAGCGCAAGACAUUGGAGACAAGAUUUGUAGGUAAUUUGACAGCAAUGGUGAAGUCCCAUGCAUACAAGAUGUAUAUAUUGAAGCCUAUUGCUGCCUGAUGAUCAGAGGGUGCUUAGCACUAGACUUCUCAAUGUCUUCAUCCAAAUUUGUUAUGUUUAAUUACAAAGAUAGAUUAUUUAUUUAUAGCAUUAAAUAUAUCAUUAAUAAGACGGGAAUGCAAGGUUCAAUAGAGACAUGUGAAUACAAGUUUCUUUUGAGUUUACAUUUUAA